CUGCUCUCACGCGACCGAGGGGAACCAGAGCCCGGGCUGCAGAGGCGAGAUGCUCCAAAUGCACCCACGGGAAGGCGCUUGCACGCUGCGGUGAUAAGCGCGCUAUGUGACCCUGCACGGAACAGAGAGCACUUCACUCCGCCUGGGUAAGUCACAGGAAAUCAGGAUUCCCGGCUCCUAACCCUGGGUUUUAACUAGCAUCUCCCGCCUCCUUCAACAGCUCAGGAGAAGAAACGCCUCCCAGCCACGCGUCUACCUCUGCAGCGGCAGCCGGAAAACUACACUACCCAGAAUGCAUUUUUGCCGUGCGCAUGCGUGCAGAUCAUUGUGACUCUGUUAACUGGUUACCGCUGCUCUCAAGCAAACCUGAAGACAGCGGUAUUUCCAAGGUACGCCCUCCUUUCAUCAUCAUGAUAAUCCUGUCAGCCAAUCGGCGGGCGAGAAGCUCGGCAGCCGUCAAAUCAACGCCCGGCGUGACUGCAGCUGGGCGGUGCUCUCAGCGGCGACAGGCUAGUCGGCGCUCGGAGAGAGGGGGGAGUUUAUUGCGACGGUAGCGAGAGCAGUCGGGUCCGGCGGGGACUGCAGCAGGCAUGGGAGAGGCGGAAGAGAAGAGGUUAACCCUGCUGGGGCGGGACACGGGCCCCGCAGCACCCCACUAGCACUCCUUGCCUCGCGGCACUGGUCACCCCUCCCGGCGGUCCCCCUCCCGGCACGGCAGUCGCCAUAGAGACCGCACGCGAUGGGCAGCGGGCUGAGCCGGGGCCCGCGGCGCUAGCCCUGACUGCAGCUGAGGGGCGUGAGGGGCGCUCUCGCCGCAGGCGUUAACCCUGCCCCCGCCGUCCGACUCGCCCCGUCGGGGAGGAGCCGCCGCCGCCGGCUGGGCCACGUUCCAGCCUCAGGUUAAAUGGAAUCCACCUCUGGGAGCUGGAUGAUUGGUACUGACAGAGACUCAUCAUAGCAGCUCCACCACAUCUGGAGAUUGCAAUGAGUGGGGGAGGGGAGCAGCCAGACAUCCUCAGUGUGGGAAUCUUGGUCAAAGAAAGAUGGAAAGUGUUGAGGAAGAUAGGAGGUGGGGGGUUUGGAGAAAUUUAUGAUGCUCUGGACUUGCUCACGCGGGAAAAUGUUGCACUAAAGGUCGAGUCAGCUCAGCAACCAAAGCAAGUCUUGAAAAUGGAAGUGGCUGUGUUGAAGAAACUGCAAGGGAAAGACCAUGUCUGUAGAUUCAUUGGCUGUGGAAGGAAUGACAGAUUUAACUAUGUGGUCAUGCAGCUGCAGGGUCGGAAUUUGGCAGAUCUGCGUCGGAGCCAGUCUCGAGGGACCUUCACCAUCAGUACCACCCUGCGCCUGGGAAAGCAGAUUCUUGAGUCCAUUGAGAGCAUUCACUCUGUGGGAUUCCUGCACAGAGACAUUAAACCAUCAAACUUUGCUAUGGGACGUUUCCCUAGCACGUGUAGGAAGUGUUACAUGCUGGAUUUUGGCUUGGCACGACAGUUUACAAACUCAUGUGGGGAUGUCAGACCGCCACGAGCUGUUGCGGGUUUUCGAGGAACAGUACGCUAUGCAUCAGUCAAUGCUCACAGAAACAGAGAAAUGGGAAGGCAUGAUGACCUCUGGUCCCUGUUUUACAUGUUGGUAGAGUUUGUGGUCGGACAGCUGCCUUGGAGAAAAAUAAAAGACAAGGAGCAAGUGGGCUCCAUAAAAGAGAGAUAUGACCACAGGCUCAUGUUGAAACAUCUCCCCCAAGAAUUCAACAUCUUUCUAGAUCACAUCUCCAAUUUAGAUUACUGUACAAAACCUGAUUACCAGCUUCUCAUGUCUGUGUUUGACAACAGUAUGAAAACUUCUGGAGUCAUUGAAAGUGACCCUUUUGAUUGGGAGAAGAGUGGAACUGAUGGCUCUCUGACGACGACAACAACAUCAACAACUCCUCAGUUACAUACUCGCCUGACCCCAGCUGCAAUUGGAAUAGCCAAUGCCACACCUAUCCCAGGAGAUUUGCUGCGAGAGAACACGGAUGAGGUGUUUCCAGAUGAGCAGCUCAGUGAUGGGGAGAAUGGUAUUCCUGUUGGAGUCUCACCAGAGAAACUGCCUGGGUCCCCCGGGCAUCAACGUCCUCAGGAAAAAGAUGUUUGGGAGGAGAUGGAUGCCAACAGAAACAAAAUAAAGCUGGGGAUCUGUAAGGCUUCUACAGAGGAGGAAAACAGCCAUGGACCAGUGAAUGGACUGCUUAAUGCACCAAGCCUGGGUUCUCCAGUUCGAGUCCGCUCAGAGACCACCCAGCCAGACAGGGAUGUCCCACUGAUGAGAAAGUUACGUUCAAUCCACAGCUUUGAACUGGAGAAACGGUUGACCUUGGAAUCAAAGCCAGACACUGAUAAAUUUCUUGAGACCUGCUUGCAGAAGAUGCAGAAAGACUCAAAUGCUGGGAAAGAAACUGCUGUUGCUGCUCCUCCUCUUCCUCAGAAAAUAUCUGUUCCUGCUGUGGCUGCCCGCACUGACCGUGUCUGGCAUUAUGAUGAAGAAUAUCUCCCUGAUGCUUCUAAGCCUGCUUCAGCCAGUUCUCCAGAACAAGUUGAUGGCAUUGUCAGUAAUGGCUUUGUGGCUGUCAACUUAAGCUCCUGCCGGCAGGAGGUUGAUUCCAAGGAAUGGGUGAUAGUAGAUAAGGAACGGGACUUGCAGGAUUUCAGGACCAAUGGAGCUUUAGUACAUAAAACAACUGGAAGUCCCUCAGAUGAGGAGCCUGAGGUUCUACAAGUCCUAGAGGAAUCCCCCCAAGAGAAACAGCUGAGACUGAGUAUUUGGGCAGAAAACAACGUCCAUGCCAAGAAUGAAGCCUUAGGUGUGGGGUUAGAUCUACCUGUUGAUCAUGCUACUGCUGCUUCUGAACAAUUUACAGAUAAAUUAGAAUUUAUGGCUGGAGUUGCUGGCCAGCUUCUUGCAGCCACACCUUCAAGUCCAAUGGAGGCCCAAGCAGGAGGAGCCCUUACUCUGCUCAACUCAUCUCACAUGCUGCAUUUCUCCACUCCAAGAAUUUCAAGUCCCAUCCUCCGCACCCUGAGCCCUAUUGCCCAUCUGUCCUCCCACUUGGACCCUAAGAAAGAGGCUGGGUUACCCAGGAGUCAAUCAGCAGAGAGCCAUUCCUCCUCUUCCCGCUCAACUGGCCGUAGGCAGCUUCCUGUCAUUCCCAGUGGCAACAAGUUUCCCCCUGUCAUUCGCAUCUCAAAAGCACAACUCCAACAGAUAACAAUACCCAGACCAUCAGUAGCAUCCACCCAGUCUGCCUCUGAGAGCUUUCGUUGUGGCCACCAGCUAGAGAAGAGGGAUAGAGACACUCAUCCUAUGGAACACACUGUGGAAUUUUCCUCUCCGAAGGAGAAUUUGCCUGGAUUGGUAGUGACAGAGGAUGCACUUCCCACUAGUACCAGCAGAACAGAUCUGGUACUUCAGUUAAAUCAUAUCAGCCAUGAGGUGCUUGAUAGGGAAGGGCACGUCAAAGAAUGUGACAGACUCGUAGACUGUGGCCAAAAGGACCUAUUUGAACAAUGUAGCAGUAGGGAGGAAGAAAAAGAACCUGGAAAUCUCGCUCUAGAAACUGAAGAAGGAAGGCUUCCAGUGGUUUCUGAGGAUGCCAUAAAAAUGUCUCACAAAGGGCAGAGUUCUUCUCCCCAAGGGAGCUCAAAAUUUGUGGAAGGAAAACCUCCAGCUACUAUUGAAUCUGCGGAUGAAUCACAGCCAAGGACUUCCUGCCUGGUGCCAAAUUCAGAUGCAAACUAUGAGGUACUGAAGUCAGCAGUAGCUGAGACAUCAGAGGUUUCACCAUCAAGAGUCAUAGACCUUUUUGAUGAUAGACAGGAAAGUCAAAUAGUAAUAGUGCAGGAAAAUGGUUUCCAUGAUAAUGAAGAAAUUGAUCAUAGUGAAGACUUGGAAUGCCACCAGAUGGACCUUACUUCAUUUUUUCACCGGGAGGGCAAAAGAGAAAAAAAUGCCCCCAGAAAUGGAGAGCUGUUCCAUUGUAUUUCCGAGAAUGAGAGUUCUCAUCAGUCUAAGAAAGACUUGGUUAAGUCACCUUUUGUAGUCAGACAAAGUCGCAUACCAGUUUUAGCACAAGAAAUAGACUUGACAUCAGAGUCCACUUCUCCUGUUUCAGCAAAGGAAAAGCUUCUCCUAAAGAAGGCCCAUCAGACAGAUUUGGUCAGGCUACUCGUGGAAAAGAGACAGCUCAAGUCUUUCCUUGGUGAUCUCUCCAGUGCCUCUGACAAGUCACUGGAGGAAAAAGUGGUUGCUGCUCCUGUACCGUUUUCAGAGGAUGACGUCUUAUCUGCCUUUUCCAAAUUGACACUGGACUCUCAUGUGGGCAAACAAUCUGAGGAUGGCUCUUUGUCACCAAAUAGUUCUCAGUCCAGAAAGAGCAAGAUUCCAAGGCCAGUAUCCUGGGCUACAACUGAUCAAGUCACCAGUUCAACCUCAGCUCAAUUCUUUCCUCGUCCACCCCCAGGAAAACCACCAACUAGGCCUGGGGUAGAAGCCAGAUUACGCAGGUACAGAGUUCUAGGGAGCAGCAACUCAGACUCAGACCUUAUCUCUCGUCUGGCUCAAAUCCUUCAGAAUGGAUCUCAAAAACCAAGGAGCUCCACCCAGUGUAAAAGUCCAGGAUCACCACAUAGCCCAAAAACGCCACCCAAAAGCCCUGUCAUCCCUCGACGCAGCCCCAGUGCCUCCCCUAGGAGCUCUUCCUUACCCCGUACAGCCAGUUCUUCACCAUCCCGGGCUGGACGGCCCCACCAUGACCAGAAGAGUUCAUCCCCACACCUUGGGAGGAGUAAAUCACCUCCUAGCCAUUCAGGCUCCUCAUCCUCUAGGAGGUCCUGCCAACAAGAGCACUUCUGCAGCAAACCAAGCAAGAACGGUCUGAAAGGAUCCAACUGCUCCUGCCACCACUCCCCAAACACUAAAACCCCCACAGGAAAGAGCAAAUCGGCUAGUAAACUUAGCAGAUAGGAACUGAGCCUUGACAGGUGUAAAAGCCUUCUCGUAAUUUGAUGCAUGUUGUGUCUGUGUAUUGUCUAUUUAAACAAAAAACAAACAAACAAAAAACCAAAAAAAUCAGUGUUGAGUCCUUGCUUUCAAAAGAAAGUAAACAUAUGAUAAAUUAUUUGACAAUUCAUAGUGUGUAAAUGAGUGGCCAGGCAUUGCCUAAUGACAGGCAGCAAGCAGAUCAGGGAGGGUGGUAGAGGUCAGAGAAGGACAGUCAAAGAUGUGUGGAACAUUUGAAGUUAAAAUUAUCUCUGAAGUGAGUAUUCUAAUAGGGUUUUUUAUUUAUUUAUUGUUUUUAUGUUGUAUACUUAGGAGAUUCAGCCUAAUUAUUUAAGGCCUUUCUCAAAGAAAUGUAAUAGAACCUGAAACAUCUGUUUUUAUUUCCACAAUGACACCACCACCUCUGAAAUAGGUACGGCUCAGGCAUUUAUUUGUAGAAUUUUAAAUAAGCACAUUAUUUGGAAGAUAAUAUUUUUAAUUUGUGAGUCUUUUCAGUGUCAGGCUGUGCACAUCUCUUUCUGAGUCAUUCGGUGUCCAUCUCUCCCCCCCCCCCCCCCCGCCCCAAUGGUACAGAUUCCCCUACUUAAAAAAAAAAUUACUCACUUUACCUGUUCUAUAUACUGAUGACAUUUUAAAAAUAAGUUUUAACAUUUUCUGAGUUUUUAUAGUGAUAUUUUGCAGGGCAUUUGUCUUUUGUUAGUAUCCAAGAACCUUUAAACAUCGGUCAUGUUGCUUUUUUCCUUCUGGGUCCAUGGUUCUCCUCUCCGGGCCUGUAUUAUGUAUAUUCUGGAGACAGUCAUUCCAAUCUGAGUUAUGGGAGAAAGAAGGAAGAGUCUUCAGGCGGAGGGUUGUUGCAGACUUACCAUAUACUGCUGUGUGUAUUUGGUCAGAAGUAUGUAAACUGUUUGUCUGAAAGUCUGUCUGAGUGCAAAAGAGAGCCUUUGUUACAACUAUCAUUUUCCCAUUGGUUAUGGACCACUUAAAUCCUUGUUGACCUUAUUCACAAUGUUGCUGUCUUGACAUUAAAUCCAAGAUGGCAAUACUGAGAAGGAGUAGAGAGAACUACAAACUCAGAUUCGUUUUUUACCUUGGAAUUUAGCUUAAGUCUAGAAGAUGAACUGUAUGUGUAUUCUCAGUGCUGAAAGGUGAGUGCAGAGCCUGUACACUUGCUAGGUUAUAGACAAGAGGAAUAAAGGCCUUCACUUCCAUUUCCUACAGAAUCUGAAUGAGAAUAUUUGGCAAUAUAACCAGAAGGAAAACAAAUCUCAGACAACUUCCCUGUUUGGAUUUUUGUCUUCCCUUUUGCCCUAAUGUCUCUUAGGGAAGCCAGACCCCUUCUCUGUGAAUAAAGUCCAUGGUGCCUAUUUUCCCCAAACAGUUUCCUUUAGUACUCACUUAAUAUGCUGUAGAGGAUCAUUGUAGGACACUUUAGGGGUAUGGUAGCCUUUACUAUGUUCAGAAAUGGAGAGUGGAUCAGAAUAGUUUAAAACACAGGAGUACAAGUCUGAAAGGGAUACACUAGCAUCCCUAAUGCUACCUGUCCUAGCGGUGCUGGAUGUGUGGAAGCACUGUCAGUUACUGAUCUGCUUGCUGUAGUCAUAUGCCUUUCUAGCCAGCAUCUGUGCUUUUUAUUUAACCUCUGUUUGCUGCCAAACUAGUACCUUUGGAUUGAAAAGGAAAUAUUUUCUCUCUGAGCUAACACAUUUCUAAUGCUGCAUCACAGCUGCCCUGGAGCUGCACUGAAUUUCACUUGUGCUGUCAUAGUGUAUUGGGAUUUUCUUUUUCCUCCUGUGUAUACUGUUUUCCAUAAGUAAUGUAGCACAGUGUGGAACCUUAGUUUCAUUCAGGUUUCAAGCACUGCAGUGGAAUGCAAUAGGUAGGGCAUACCUGCUGUUUCUGAAGAAACUAUAUUAUUGGAAAGGCUUUUUUCUUUGUAUUAUAUUGUAUAAUAGGUACUAUACUAAUGAUUGCAUGUCCUCAUGGUAAAUUAUAUAAUAUAAAUAUUUAUAAAUAUAUAUAUAUACAUAUGCUUAUAUAAAUUCACUUACUCUUUCUCAUUCUCCAUUUGUAAUUUAUGGACCACAGACGAUGCAGUUCUUUUUCUGUUGCGUAUCUGAAUACUCUUGGCGUUACAUCUCUCAUUUCCUGAAAAUAGUUUCCUGGCAUCCACAAAGUCAAAUAGCCUUCAUGCCUCAGUACAGGGCUGAAGGGUUGGUGAUUUGUCAGCAAGCCAGUGUUUUGUGUCUCAGCCUUUUCCUUUAAUUUAUAGUUUUGUGUGUGUGUCUGUUUGCGUGUGAAACAGGAGCACAGACUCAGAAGUACUGUAUCUUUGAUUAUAAGAUAGGAUUUUUAAUAACUGUUUUUUCAUUUCACAAUGUGCAUUUUUAAGCUGCAACAUUGCUCAUGAUACAGGAGCAGUCACAGUUAAUGAAUACCUAAUAGAUGACUAUGACAAAAAAAAAAAAUAAAACCCCAUCUUUUCCUUUUCGAUUUCCUUACCUGUCACCUUGCAGUAUACACUAUCGAGAGUUGGAUCCCAUUGUAGACCUCUCUCCUCAAGGCUCUGCUGAUACUGUCUCUUAAGGCAGUGUGGCAGCUUAUGAUAAUUUUUCAUUCUCAAUUUUCUGAGGAGCAUUCUCUUUGGUCUUUGAGUUAAGUCCUAUAUCAGUGAGAUCUGUGGGAGUUUUGGCAUUAACUUUAAUGGGGGCAGGUUUGGGCUGUGUGCCCUUCCCCUGAAAUAUUGAAAAUAAGGUAUUUACAUUUUCUCCCUGAUAUAGCAGGAUCCAGAAACAGGUAAUCACUGUUAUUGUAAGAAUAGUUUGUUUUACAGGUGAGGGGAGACAUAAAACUCAAGAUAUUUUCCUUCUCUCUGCCAGAGACUAAAAUAUAUCCAUAUUGUGCAAUAUUACGUAAUGGUGAAUAAAACUGAGAAUAUUGAUCUUGUAGAAAUACAUUACUAUUUGCACUUCUUGCCAAUAUAAAGAGAGGAACUACAUCAGAAUGGGGGAAAGCUCAAAGCAGAGGAUGGUGCUUUUGGCAUUUUCAGUGCAAUGCAGGGUAAAAUAACUUUAUGUCCCUGGUGGUGGCUGCGGAUUUCGGUGACUCAAACAGAUUUUGUAUCUGGUUAGAAAACUACUGAGUUACUGAUAGAAGCAGCUUUACAUUUAUGGAUUGAUCAAGAUUAUAGCCUCUCUUGUACUCUUCUUCCCACUUUACUUUGUUGGUUAUAUAAUUCCUUCCCCGUGAAGGUAACAAAAUUGAGUAUUAUGAACUAAACUAUCAGCAAAUGUAACUCUAUGGUAAUCAAGCCCUGUGUAAUUGUCAUCCUUGUAAUAUUUCUAGAAGGGCCUCUAUCAUCAUCAGUGACCCUAUAAAGAAUAAAUCCCAACAAUGUAAAUAUAUAAAUAAUUAUACAUUUAAUUCCAGUUGUUUAAAACACUAAAGGACAAUGGCCUGUGUAAAGUCUAAGUAAAUGGCUUUCUGCAGGGAACCUCUGCCGUGCUUAGAAUAGGGAGAAUCUUCCCCAGAGCAGCUGCAGCCAUUCUGCACAGUUUGCAGUAGCGUCCCCUUAACACGAAGGUUAGUUCGUGGACCCACUGGCUAUACCAUCCUUCAAUCCCAAUCUCCAUUUCUGUGGAGAGAACUGCCAUGCAGCUAAGACCAUACAGGGCUUUCAGAUUCCUCCUGCACAGUUCCUCUUCAGUAUCCUCCAUGUAUUCUGAAACUGUGGCAGUUCCACUGUUUUCAGGGGUCUUUUGUGGCCAGGUUGGAGAAGUUGGGGAAGGGGCAGAAUUUCCCCCGGCCUUUAUGACUGCCAAGCCCUCCAGAGCAUUUUUGCACUGCUGUCAGUACGGAUCCCUAAAUGUAUUAAAUGAAAUAAAAUCCAGCAUUUAAUAUUUUACUUCUAAAUAACAGAUUUUUGUGGUGCUAUUUUGCAAGGUACAGUGUGCUUAGUUUGUAGUUUUUAAAAAUGUAUCUUAAUAUUGGCAAAACCUUUUCAUGGUGCACUGACAGCUUGUUUGAUUAACUGUAGGCAAAAUCCUGCCCCAGACUUAAUGAGUUAUGUGACAUGCAGGAGCUAGCAGAGAGAAGGAUGCUAAGCAUACAUCUGCCACUAGAGCAGGGCAGGGUGGCUCAGGGUGGGCAUAGGUAAUAUGCUGCUAGGUGCACUGUGCUACUGCCCUAAAAAAGGAGCCAUACUUAGCCCCAGCUACCUGUAUAUAUAUUAGCUGGCUGGGUGAGGGUGGUGGGGCGGGGCAUUCCCUGUAGACAGCAACCAUAUCCUCUCUGGGAACUACAAGGCAAAAUCCUGUCUUGAUGUUUGCACGGGUGAGAAACAAGCUCCCUACGCCCUCACCUCACAGAAUACUCAUGAAGCACAGGGCUGUAUCUUGUCUUAUAUGUUUAAAAGUGGGCUGACGGACUUUUCAUCUUUUAAGGCCUGAGUUCUGAGAGCUCUAUUCCAUGCAUUGCUGGGGUAUUUGUGAUCAUUAAUUAUAGCAAGGGAAACGCUGAAGCUGGUCUUUAAAAGUAGUUCCAUUCACCUUCUAUUUUUUUGGAUAAAAGUGUGUGGGAACUACCUUAGCUAUUGCCUCCUCUUGGUUAGAAUUCAGCUGCAAGAACUAGCUGAGGCCUACUGUACUUUCAUUUAGUUUGACCUCCUCCUUGAACUACCCGUACUUAUCCCUGGCUAAUUGCCGCACCGGCCCCCUUCCAAAUCAUGGGCAUAAUCCUACAGUCCUAAUUUGGGCAAAAUGCCCAUGCUCCCUAUAAGUGCAGUAGCAUUUGUGGCAGUGGCUGAACUGUAAUGUACUAUAAACCACGUUCUUCUCUCCCUCCCUAAAGUAGAACUUAGGCAAUGUCUGUCUUACGCUACUGUCUCCCUGUCUGUCAGCAAGCGACCUUUUCCUCAGGACGCUAAAGGAUAUGAAUUCUUGUAGCAACAUCAACAUGAGAAUGAAGAGCUGCCAGAGGGUAAUUAUUUCAAUUUCUUAAAAGUGAGUUAGUGGCAAAGAACUGGUGCAUGCCUCCCAAUACUGUUUGAUGUGUAUUUUUUUCUUUUUGUUUCACCUAAAAUAUUUUUGCACAUUUCAUUUUGGUGACAAAAUGAACCUUCCAAAAUGAAUGGGAGGAAUGAGUAGCAAUCACAGUCCAAUUGAUUUCUAGUCACUCGGGUAUAAAAUAACAAUUUGCUUUCUUAUGGGCCUGAUCCUGUGAAGUGCUGAAUGCUCUCAACUCCUGUUGACUUCUAUUAGAGUUGAGGGUGCUCAGCAACUUGCAGGAUUAGGCUCAUAAGUACACACUAUCAUUCCAAAUGUCUUUUGGUUCAACUAUGCUUUCACUGUUACACAGUCAGAGGACCUGGUUACUAUAUUGACAAAAGCUGUAGUACUUAACCAUGUCCCCUGUGUUUAACUGUUAAAAGCUAUGGAUGGCCCUUACUGUUACUGUAACUUUUAGUAUAAUGCCUAAUCCUUUCAUGUAUCUCUUUGGUGCAAAUGCAAGGAAACUAGACAGUGAACAAAUGAAUCUUAAGGUAUACCUAAGUUACCACAAUAUACAUAAACACCCAAUCUGUACUUUUCUGGCCUCCCACCUGAACUCCCCUUCCCCUGAAACACAAACACACAAAUCUCUUUGGGAAAAAUAAAUGAAAUAAGGGGAAGAUUGGAUUGUGUAAUGACUCGUACUACCUGGGUUUACUGUAGCAUGCUGUCUAAAGCAGAGGAGUCUGUAUAAUCACAGUCACAGCAGGUUUUAAAUCAUCUGUCUUUAUUUUAAUAUUGAGUCAGAUCUUCCUUUAAGACAAAAAUAUAUAGAAGUUUAUUAUCUCUAGGUACAGUAUGUUAACUUAGUGGCUACUUCAUUCAAGUUUUAAUUUAUAUUUUGACUUUCAUUCCAUCCAUUGUCACUAAUAGUGUCUCUUCAGAGUAACAAA